GUGGGGGUGGAUGAUGUGGAAUGGAUGUUGUCAGCCAUAUGCGUCAUGAUUAAGGAGCCAUAUCCAAAGACUGCAGUGUGUGUACUAGCAUUGGUGCAGAAAUGGCAGCAGCUGAAGAAGUCACCGCUAUCACAGCAACAUCAAACGCGACCACUUACUGGACAGGUGGUUUUGCUGAUGAUUAUGACGGUUAUGAUGUGGACUAUCAAGACGAAAUGUGUAACGCGAGCGCCCUGUUGGAGUUUGUCAAGAUCUCCAGUCCGCUCUUCCUCUCCACGGUGGCGGUUCUCGGCCUGACGGGCAACGUCCUGGUCGUAGCGAUUGUGCUGAAAUACGAGAAGGUCAGAUCCCUCACCAACGCCCUCAUCCUCAACCUGGCCGUGUCGGACCUCCUCUUCGCGGCGGCGCUGCCCUUCUGGGCGUACUACGACGCUUGGGGCUGGGGUUUGGGGGACCGCGCGUGCAAGCUGGUUAGCUUCGUGUUCGACGUGGGAUUCUGCAGCAGCAGCCUGCUCCUCAUCACCAUGACGAUCCAGCGCUACGUCGCCGUGCUCAACCCGCUGUCCCGCCUCGUGUCAGCGGCGGGCGUCCACAGCCUGCUGGCGUCUAUACUCAUCUGGUGCGCCAGCGUCCCGGUGUCCGUCCCGGCUGUCGUCCUCACAGUGGUCGUGCAGCAGAACGGCCAGAGUCACUGCGAAUACGACGAUUCUGUCAGCGGCUUGUGGGGAAUCUAUCAGCAGAACGUCCUUUUCGUCCUCAUCUCAGGCGUGUUCCUCUUUUGCUACCCUCGGAUCCUGUGCAGGCUGCUUCGUCCUUCGGCGAGGAGACGCAAGAACAAAACCUUGAAGUUGAUUUUCACGCUCAUGCUGCUCUUCUUCGUGGGCUGGGCUCCGUAUAACGUCACGCUCUUUCUUAAAUCUUUACGUUUCUGGUCCCAAACGCCCGUGGACUCUGAGACCAUGGCGGGGCACUGCGCCAGCUACAACCUUCUGGACUUCACCUUUUACGUCAGCAAGCUUUUGGCCUUCUCGCACUGCUGCCUCAACCCCGUUCUCUACGUGUUCGUGGGCUCCAAGUUUAAAAGUCACUUGAAGAAGAUGAUGGGGUGUCAGCGUCGCAGCGACGGCGGCGGUGAAGGCGGGCGACGGAACCGACUCGUCAUCACAUCCCUGUCUAGCGGGGACGACCUGUGCGUGUAGCUCAGCAACCUUUUGUACGUGGCGUACGCCUAACAAAUAUCAGGUUAAUGCAACUGCUAAAGCGAUAUAGUGAACCCCCGCUAUUCACGGAGGAUACAAACCGAGCUCCGUCGCAAAUAGUGAAAAACCGCAUGUAAAUUGCGCCCACCCGAAAUGGUUGGUAAUUGCCUAUAGAUGCUUCAAGAUGGCGGCAUAAGCCCUUUUUUCUUUUAGGCAAGCAUUGAAGCGACCUAAUGAAGCUCCUCCCCUCAGUUCAAUGUAGUUUUUUUGUGUCACCAGGUGGCGCCAAAGCAAUAUUUUUACAUUAGAUAUGGCCUUGACCUAUGCACAAAAACAGCAAAUAAGUGAGUUUUUCAGAGAAUAGCGGAUAACGGGUCCCCCAAAAUAAUGCAAAUGCCGAACCGUGAAUACGCCGUUGUUCGCUGUAUCUGAAGGUGACGAAGGCUAUAUAGUACUUUGACACCAAACACGGAAACUUCAUUCAAACUAGAGUCUUUACUGAGUAUAUCGGCAUUGACGAAGUCAGUCUAGCAAUUUCCCAGCUUUGCAGGUAUUAUCAGAAGCCCAUUUCCACUGCCUGAAAAAUUCCGGUAGUUUCCAGACUUUCCCCCAUGUCGCAGUCUUGUAUAAACAACACCAACACAGAAUGGGGGGAUGAAGUCAACCUCUCAUUGUUUCCCUUAGUAUCAGAGGAUUCUUCUGUACCCCCUGAAAAAGCUAGCUUUUUUUUCCCCAAAUGUUGCUUUUCUUUGCCCACCAUAUUUUGCGCUUGGGGUUUAAAUAUUAAAAUGUGGAAUGCACAUAUCUGUAUUACACCUACAUUUUAGGUUCCAUCAAAUGAAAAAUACUCCAUGUAUGCAAACAAUGUUUCUGAAUGAAAUUUAGACACUCUUAGUCCACAUCUGUUUUGGUUUUGUGAUCCUCAGUUUUUUUUAUUUUAUUUUUCGGGAGGGGGGGCGGGGGGGGGGAAUUAUAUUAUCUCUUUUUCUAAUAGGGCAUAACCCCCCCCCCACCCCCAGAUUGACCUUGUGCAUGUGACUCAGAAUAAACAAAUUAGCUCUGAGCAGCAGGAUCUAUAAAAAUGUAAUCCAUAACAGACUGCAUUUUUGUGAUUAAAAUUAGUGGCGUGGAACCAGCUCACUGGGCCAUGUCCUUGUUUUUGUUGCUUUUUGGGGUGAAAAUGAGCAAGACUUGUAAGAAAUGGGUAUCAGUAAUUAAAGUCGCGCAAGAACCCUUUGCUCACCUUUUCAAAUAUUUUAACACAAUUACGUGUCAUGCACCUCUUAGGGGCCUCGUGCUGUGUUGGCCGGCUUGGUAGGGGGUCCACAGAGGAAGGGAUGUGUGUGUGGCGACGGCGGUGUAACUGCACUCCUGUAUGCGUCUCCGGGGGUAGAUUAAGCUUAAUUAACUAAACCAUCCAAGCACGCUUGGAUGAAUGGUUACAAGUCAAGGGCAGAGCAGUCACACGUUCCCUGGAAGUGUGACAAUGUGACCACAUUCUCGCUUGUGAGGGGACACCACCGAAAAUAUGUUUUCAAUGAAAUAUAAUAACGUGUCAGAUUUUGUUUUUAGGUAGGAAAAACACACAGUUUUAAGGCACCUGUCUCAAAAAUGUCUACAAAUGUAUCCAAUUGUACUGUGGUACUAUUUAUAGAGGUAGUUUAUAAAUAAACGUAUUCUGCUUUAUUUUAGUGACACAUUAUUUUACGUUUACCGGAAUGCAGGGGUUUUCCAUGAAAUAAUAUUUUUAAAAAUAUGUCAUUUGAAACAAUGAGCGAUUGCAGUAUAUUUAAAAAAAAAUGAUCUCAUCAUUCAUAUACUUAUCUGUGUACUUAAUGUUUAAUAUGUAAAAUCAUUCAAGUAUAGCAGCAUUUGUAUUAACCUUGAGUAACAGCAAAUACGGAAAUACAGUAUCAAAUAUCGCCCCUUGUGUCAUUGUAAUGUGCAAAAAUGU